AUGAUGAAUCGGUUCUGGUGGGAUCAUAAAAGAGAUAGAGCUAAAGGUAUUCAUUGGCUUUCAUGGGAUAAAUUAUCUAUGCCUAAAAGUGAAGGGGGUAUGGGGUUCAAAAAUAUCAGUGCUUUCAACCUCGCGAUGUUAAGCAAGCAAGCAUGGAGGCUCACAACCAUUCCAGAUUCUCUUGUAUCCCGUCUUUACAAAGCCAGGUAUUUCCCGAAUUGUGACUAUCUCAAUUCUAAUAUUGGCCAUAAUCAUAGCCAUGUGUGGCGUAGCAUCUGGAGUUCAAAAUUUGUGAUUAAGGGAGGCUUAAAAUGGAGCAUAGGGUCAGAAGAGAAUAUUUUGAUUUGGGAUCCAUUUUGGAUGUUCGAUGGUACUUCUCUGACUAAUCCUUGGCCUAACAAUUUGGUGGUAGAUAAUCUUAAGGUCUCAGAUUUGAUGUCUCCGAAUGGUAAGCAUUGGAAUCAAAGUGUUAUUCAUUCUCUUGUAGGGGACGAAGCAGCUGAAAAGAUUCAGAAUACCCUCCUCUUUACCGCGGUUCAAAAUGAUAAUUUAGUUUGGAAACAUGAGUCUAAUGGUAAAUUCUCGGCUCAGAGUGCUUAUAGGUACCUUAUCAAUGAUGCCAUUGACACCUCUCACCUUAGAAUCAGGAUGGUGAAGAGAACAAUUAUCAUCUCUUUCUUCAGUGUCCUAAAAGUAUUGAGUGUUGGAUACAAGUGGGUCUAUGGUCUAUGUUGCAGCAGGUAUCCAGUAAAGACCAACAAGCGACUUUCUCAGUUAUUUUAUGGAGUAUCUGGAAAGGAAGAAAUAACCUUGUUUGGAAUCAGAGAUGAUACAAGUCAGUUUAUUGUAGCCCGAAUUGAUUGGUUUUCGCCUUGCACGGAUGUUGCUAUUGGAGAAGCUCUCGGUCUUCUUAAAACCUUAAAUUGGGUACAUGAGCUGGGGUUUGAUAAUAUGGAUUUCGAGUUGGAUGCAAAGCGAGUUGUGGAUAGUGUGACUAAUCUGAAACUCAAUGACUCAGACUUUGGAGCUAUUACUGGCAAGUGUAACCGAUUGAUGGCUCUUUUUUUUAGGAACUCUCAUGUUGAGUUCGUUAGAAGACAAGCUAAUGAAGUGACUCAUGCUCUUACACGAGUGGCUCCAUCUUUUGCUAAUUUUCGUAAUUUGAUAUUCCAACAUAUAUUUAGAAUAUUAUUAUUAAUGAAAUGA